ACGAAUUACAUUAAGUAUUGCUGUUCUACACAAUUAGGUGAAGAUUACAAAUCUAAAUAAAUUACAUCAUGGCCGUAAAUCCAUCGUACAAGCACUCCUUUACAACAACAAAAAAAAACAUUCCCUAAACAAAGCGGUCGCCAUUGUGUCCAUAAAAGGAGUGAAUUUCAACUCGCGCCAUGAAAGCCGAAGAUAAAUACUUCAUCUCUGACCCACAUAAUGGCGAUAUUUCAGGCGGAGCUCUGACUUGUCACAACCCGCUCCUCCGCUGAGCUGUCUCCGGUACAGCAGGAGCUAUUAGAGCCCCGUCGCCUUCCAUCUUCCUGCGCCAGAAGCAGCCUCGGUCCUCUCCUCUAACGUCUCCAUCGAUCUCCAUCCAGGAAGAAGAGGACCGGGGAAAGCUCGCUUCGCUCGCCGCGCGAGGGAGGAGGGAAACGGCCAGGGGACCAAUUUAAAGGAGUGCCUUGAGGUGGGAUUUUGCACCUUCUACUCAGUCCUUCAGUCUCCCGGCUCUCCUUCGUCAUCAGCUUCACUUAUCAAUCCAAAUUCCCCUUAAACCGCACCUUCCACUUCGCCUUGCUGGCUGUCUUUAAGCUCCAGAGGCCAUGGCGGUGCCUUCAGCUCACGAGUUUCACUGGCAGAGCCUGGCACGACUGUCCAGCGGCCGUGUCUAUCACACGCUUUCUGAGGUCGGGGGCCAGAUGUACAUGCUGGGGGGCUGUGAUGCUGCGGGGAGGCCGUGCCCCACUGUGGAACUGUACUCCCCGGAGGGGGACCGAUGGAUAAGCCUGCCCUCUAUGCCCACCCCACGUGCUGGGGCUGCUGUGGCAGCCCUUGGAAAACAGAUCCUGGUGGUUGGAGGUGUGGGGGAGGACCAGAGUCCAUUGAAAGUGGUGGAAAUAUAUAACACAGAAGAAGGACGGUGGAGGAAGAGGAGUCCCCUGCGAGAGGCCCUGAUGGGUGUAUCCGUCACCGUGAAAGAUGGCCGUGCUUUGGCUGUGGGUGGAAUGGGUGCCGACCUGCUCCCUCGUAACAUCCUUCAGCAGUAUGACUUUCGAAAGGAUGUGUGGGCUCUGCUUCCUCCCAUGCCGACACCACGCUAUGAUGCCAACACACAUUUACUAGACAACAAACUCUAUGUAGCAGGGGGCCGCCAGUGUAAGCGGUCGGUGAAGGCCUUCGAGAUGUAUGACACAGACACGCGCUCAUGGACGACGCUUCCGAUGCUGUCCUCCAAGUGCUCAUACGCGGGCGUGAUAUGGGACACCGCAGGGAGGCUGUGUUUGCUGGGGGGGCUGCGGCAAGGAGGAGGACAUCAGAGCUCAAAGUUUACCAAGAAUGUCAGCAUUUUUGACACCCAGCGAGGUGCGUGGCUGAAAUCGGAUGAGACGGUCGCCUUGAAGACAAAGAGAGCCGACUUUGUCGCUGCGGUGCUGCGUGAUCGCAUGGUGGUCGCAGGAGGGCUUGGUCAUCAACCGUCUGCGCUGGACACAGUGGAGGCUUUUCAUCCCCAGAAGAAAAAGUGGGAAAGGCUGGCUCCCAUGACCUUCCCCCGAUGCACGGCUUCCUCCAUCGUCAUCAGAGAUCGCCUUCUAGUCGUGGGCGGAGUCAACCAGGUGCCCAGCUCAGCGCAUGAGAUCCUGUAUGUAAAAGAAGAGGAAUAUCUGUAGCCUGAUCCAGGAUGCAAAUACAUCAGUAGGAAAUGGCCUUGUUAGACACACAGUAGUGCAAUAUAGUUGUGAACUAUCCAAGUGUGCAUGUGAAAGUGUUCCUUUCAUGCAGCCAGCACAUAUGAGACCAGACCGCCACCUGUUGGGAUGGAAUGACACUGCAACCGCCAUGGAGGCCCAGUCUGAAGAGCAGGGUUGAGGGCCGCAUACAGAACAAUUGAAGGACGCUGGGGACACUUUGCUAUAUUUUGUACGUUAAAGAUGCAAGUCAAUACAUGCUAAGGUUAUUUCAACAAAUACGGUAACCAUCUGCAUCACUGCUGGAGCGCUAUAGCUGUUUUCUCAUAUCUCUACCUUGUACGUUGUAUUGCACACUUGUACAGGAUAAAGUAUUUUGUCGCUUAUGUCUUACAUUGUAUACAGAUGUUCUAUUUAUGCAGACAUGCAGUAUGCUCUAUACAGUACAUAGAGUAGAAAUAGCGAUAUUUCUAUUUUGGGCUAUAUAGAACACAUCAUGUUACUAUCACUGUUGCUCCCCUCUGUGUUGUAGCAGUGCAUAUCUGUAUGAAAGUGGGACGGUUUGAUAAUAAAUGUCACUCAUGAAGUAAAAUAAUUUACAUUUUACUCCCACAGCUUUAUUAAUACUCCUUUCAGGUUGUCAUUUUGGGUUUUUAAUAAUAUAACGUUUGUGUGUGCCUCCUCUAUUGGCUUUAUUUUACAGUAUUAGAGUUGUGCAGGAAUGAACCCAUAAAGAAUCCAAGAGCCAAUAUGCCCUAAAUUGACCCAAAAGGUCGCAAAGUUUUGUUCACGUGACUGUCGCAAGUUCUAGCUCCCCUAAAAUGGCAGUGCCUCAGGUAAGCUAGCUCCUUUCCAAUUUUAAACCCAUUAGCCUCUUAACUAUUCUACUGUUUUAAUAGGGUGUCAAAUAUUACAGUUAAGUCGUUCGUACUAUAUUUCUUCAAUUACGUUAUUCAAAAAAAGCGAGUAAAGUAUCGCUAUUGUUUUAAGGUUUAAAAUUGCUACGGGAAAUCUGACAUGGUAGCAAAAAUGGCAAUACACAACUCAAACAGUCUAGCGCUAUCACCUUUAACUGUUAUAUUGUCUUUUUUUUCGAGUCAAAAUACAAAAAUCACCCAUAAAAUCACCAUAAAUAAUAAAUCACCCAUCGUUUUCCAGUCAAGAGGGUUCGUAUGGCUUCAACUUACUUCUGUUCAUUGCUCUUAUGUCCACUAGAUGGCAGUGAAUACAUUCAUGAAUCAAUUGUCGCAGUCGCUUCCCUAAAGCAAACGAAGAACACCAUGUGUAGCAGAGUAUACAGCAUACAGGACUGUGCAAAAGUAUUUUUGUUGUUCUGUACACAUUACCAUUAGUUAGCGCCUGUUUGACAAACUCAAAUUAUCCUAUUUGUUUGUGCAAUUAAAAUGAACGUUUACGCUGCUUUAGUUUUUUUUAAUAGAUAUUACAGAUUGUUUUAUAGGUCAAUCAAAGUUCACCCUGCCCCCCGUUUGUUCCAAAU